CAUUUGCGCCCAUACAAGGUGAUAUGAUGAACCUCUGAGCGCCCAAACCUGCCCAGUGUAUUUUGGGGUCAUCUGAGAAGAGCAUUUCUGUACAUCCUUGGUCAUUCACUAUGGGGAUACCCGGCUUAGCCAGGCGCCUUGAGGCGCAUGCGACUCGAUACUCCCUCGAAGAGUUGAAAGGAUACCACGCUAUCAUCGACGGUCCUUCGCUUGCGUAUCACGCCCACAAGCUGGCUUUGGCAGCUUUAGAUAGAGGCAACGUGUCGCGCAUCCCAGCGUACACCGAUAUCACAUUUCAAGCGCUGCGCUGGCUUAGAACCCUGGAGGGCAUUAAUAUCAAGGUCAAAGCCAUCCUAUUUGAUGGAGCACUUCCACAGACGAAGGAAGCUGAACGGAUAACCAGGACAGCGCGUUACAAUCAGCAAGCCAAUGGACUGAGGUCCAAUUUCCCUGCUACGACGUGUCCAUUACCUACCUCGCUUGGCUCCGUCUCAUACUCGUUUCUCGCACCGGCUUUGCGAGAGGCUUUGGCAGACAGCGAAUACGCACCGGUCACUCGCAAUGUUCCAGGCGAAGCUGAUGAUUGGUGUGCGCUCCAGGCCACGGAGGAGCCCGCUUCGUUGAUCGUCAGCGACGACACUGAUCUUCUACUAUACGAUUAUUCCCCGGAAUUCCGGCUCUUGUUUUACAGAGAUGCCGAACUUUGGCCUGAACCUAAGUUCAAGGGCUACUCCCCAUCUGCUAUAUGCGAAGAGCUUGGCCUUCCGAACCUUACGUCGUUCGCAUACUGCUUGACUCAUGAUUCCCACAGUCCUGAGAGCAAGCUAAUUGGAGAAGCGAAACGCGUAGAUCCCACGUCCCAAACAUAUCUCGACUUCGUUAAGCGCUACACGGUCGCUCCAACCUCAGAAGACUUUUUCUUCGCCAACCGGACGGUCUCAUCGUUACAAAAUCUAGAUGUCAGAAUCUCAGAGUUCAUUUAUCAAGGCCUAAACUCGAGGCUUAACCCUAUUGUCUACCUUCCAUUUCUCGUAGAGGACCAGCACCGUGCUUCAGCAUGGGCGCACGGCCAGGAUCUGCGGGCCGUAUCCUAUAGCAUCUUCACUACAGAUCGCUCUAGAGUCCAGGAGCACAGACGCAAAGCCCAGAAGGUCAGCCUGCAGGAAAUUGAGCUGUAUCCGCCCCAAGAACUUUCAGUUAUGAUGCAAAGCUACGCCCGCAACAUAAGCGCUUGGAUAGAAUGGACAGCUGAACGAGAAGUGCCACACAGCCUUACAUGGCCCCUGUUCGCCAUCGGCAUUGUUCUACCUGAGUUGAACUCCGCUCCAUCCCUUGCACUUUGGCUACGCGUCCUGAACGCCAAUUUCGACAAUACGUGGGAAUACAUCCACCUUACCGCCAGCCUACACGCCGCGCUCUACUCUUUACGGUUCCUGAAGCAGUGCAUCAAAGUGUGGUUGUCUCUCCACGCAGACGGAUCGUCCUCACUGCUCCCAAUUGCUAGUCAGAUCCAUACCGAUUUGCAGAGCAUGGGCCCGAUCACAGAGCUGUUUCUUGUCCCAGGCCAGGCAAGAAAGCCUCAAGGCGAUCAAGAGCUGCUGCAAGAGCUUAUUGCUGAGGUGUAUGCUUCAGCAAACGUGGAAGUGCCGAUUGAGCGUGUUCCUAACAAGAAGGCGAAGAAGCAGCAGCAGCAGCAGCAGCAGAGGGAGGCCGAGCGAAAGGAGAGGAGACAGCAAGAAAGCGGCACUCAAGCGGCUGCCAACUCGUUCGAUGUCCUCGAGUUCAUGAACGCGCGGCGCAGCUGAAGAAAUAUUGAAGCAAGUAGCAAAGCAUUAAAGUCGACCUGUCUAGUCAGGCUGCCAUCAGACCUGGCGGUCGUAGAACACAACCGACAGUGUAAAGGAGAUUAUGUACCUCUGUCGUCGUCCAGGCAUCGUCAUCCUCAAUCCUACAUUUCGCACCAAACUUUUCAACAAAAGCCUCCCCAACGUG